AUGGAUGAUUAUAAGGUUGUCUCAACACCACUAUGUCCUAAUACCAAACUCUCACCGGAGUGCACCACUGAAGCAAUUCCUUCAACACUUUACAGGUCAACCAUUGGUAGUUUGUUGUAUCUUAAUGCUUCAAGGACUGUUAUAAUGUACUUAGUGGGUUUAGUGGCCAGAUUUCAAAGUAAUUCAGAGGCUUCUCAUCUCGAAGCAGCCAAAAGAAUUCUCAGAUAUGUCAAGGGCACCAUUUCAUAUGGUUUAUACUACAUUUUCUCACCCUCAAUGUCUAUUGCAGCCUUCUCAGAUGUUGAUUGGGGUGGAUAUUUACCUGACAGAAAAAGUAUAUCUAGUUGCUGUUAUGUUCUUGGCUCCAAUGUAGUUUCUUGGCUAUGUAAAAAGCAAGACACUGUCUCUCUUUCAACCUCUGAAGCUGAGUAUAUAGCUAACUCACAAGCUGGUUCAUAA